UUCCCAGACCGCAAGUUUGGGGAAGCUGAACUUCAAGUGGCUUCUUCAGCUUUGUUUUUAUUUUGAGUUAUACUGAGACUAUCUUACAAUGUCAGCUGUGAUAAUUGAACUGCAUAAGCUUUCUUCAGAUGAGAUUGAGACCAAAAAGGAUUCCAAGUCAGGUUUUAAGGAAGGCAAAUUCAGUGAAUCAUGUGCCGAUUAUCACGGUUUUCAACUUCACUGCUCGCAUUCUGCACCAGCUGGUAUGAAUACAAGCAAGAGUGAGACAGUGAAAGAGCAUCCGUUAAAACCCUCUAGAAGAUCUAUGCCAUGCCUAGCCCAGAGCCAAACACAUCCUCAGAGUCUGAGCAAGCAUUCUUCGUUUCUGCAGCCAAAUCGUGUGCAGCCACAGCCCCGGCCUCAGCCUCUAAGUGCAGGGACAUCUACAGCUACUGUGGAUGUAGUGUCAGAACGAGCUAAAGUGAUGGAGACUUUGGAAAACAACUUGCUUAAGCUAUCUAGUACAGAAUACAGUGAUGCAUUUUUAGACAUAGGAAGGGACAAAGACACGUACACAGAUGAUUCAGAACAUGGAAAUUAUGAUGCUCGUACAGAUCAGUCAUUGCUUAUUCAAAACAAGCUUACCAGACAAAAAACAGAACCUCGGACUAAAUCGUCUUUAAAGACUGAUGCCAUGGCAUCAUCAGGUCUCUUCUUCAAAGAUGGCAAAAAACGCAUUGAUUACAUCUUGGUCUACAAAAAGUCAAGUCCACAAGUAGAAAAAAGAAGCACAUUUGAGAAGAAUUUGAGAGCAGAAGGGUUAAUGUUAGAACGAGAGCCAGCUGUUACAAACAGCGAUAUCAUGUUUGUUAAAAUUCACUGUCCGUGGGAGACAUUGUGCAAAUACGCAGAAAGAAUGAACAUCAGGAUGCCCUUCAGGAAAAAAUGUUAUUACACUGACUGGAGGAGCAAAACCAUGGGCAGUUUGCAGAGGAAUAUGAGAGAGCUGAAAAGUUGGUUGCCCAGAAAUCCAAUGAAGCUUGAUAAGGAGGCUCUGCCUGAUCUGGAAGAAACAGAUUGCUACACAGCACCCUUUAGCCGUGCACGCAUACACCAUUUUACGAUAAACAACAAAGACAGCUUCUUCAGCAAUUCCACAAGAAGUAGAAUUGUGCAUCACAUGCUACAGAGAACUAAGUAUGAAGAUGGAAAGUCCAAAAUGGGUAUUAAUAGAUUACUAAAUAAUGGAACAUACGAAGCAGCAUUUCCACCACAUGAGGGAAGCCACAAAAGCAGACAUCCCAUCAAAACACAUGGAGCUCAGAAUCACAGACACCUCUUAUAUGAGCGUUGGGCACGGUGGGGAAUGUGGUACAAAUACCAACCUCUCGAUUUAAUCAGGCGAUAUUUUGGUGAAAAAAUUGGACUGUAUUUUGCCUGGUUGGGGUGGUAUACUGGAAUGCUUAUUCCUGCUGCCCUGGUUGGGCUCUUUGUUUUCCUUUAUGGAUUAUUUACGAUGGAUUCCAGCCAAGUAAGCAAAGAGAUCUGCGAGGCAAAUGAAACCAUCAUGUGCCCUAUGUGUGAACGCAAUUGCACGCUACAAAAACUCAAUGAAAGCUGCAUAUACGCCAAGGUUACACAUUUGUUUGAUAAUGGAGGGACUGUCUUCUUCGCUAUUUUCAUGGCAAUUUGGGCUACAGUCUUUCUAGAGUUUUGGAAAAGACGGAGAGCUGUAUUAACCUAUGACUGGGACCUCAUAGACUGGGAAGAUGAAGAGGAAGAGCUGCGCCCCCAGUUUGAAGCUAAAUAUUCCCAAGUGGAAAGAGUAAAUCCCAUCACAGGAAAACCUGAACCUUUUCAACCUUUCCCUGAUAAACUCAGUCGACUGAUGGUGUCUGUCUCAGGAAUAUUCUUCAUGAUUUCACUGGUCCUCACUGCAGUGUUUGCCGUUGUGGUGUACCGUCUGGUAGCUAUGGAACAGUUUGCUUCUUUCAAGUGGUAUUUCAUCAAGAAGUACUGGCAGUUUGCAACAUCUGGCACUGGAGUCUGUAUCAAUUUUAUGAUCAUCAUGUCACUCAAUGUUGUAUAUGAAAAGGUUGCCUAUCUCCUGACAGACCUAGAGCACCCUAGAACAGAAUCUGAAUGGGAAAACAGCUUUGCCUUGAAAAUGUUCCUCUUCCAGUUUGUCAACUUGAACAGCUCCAUCUUUUACAUUGCCUUUUUUCUGGGCAGAUUUGCAGGCCGCCCGGGAAAGUAUAACAAGCUUUUUAACAGAUGGAGACUGGAAGAGUGUCAUCCUAGUGGUUGCUUGAUAGAUCUGUGUUUGCAAAUGGGAGUUAUUAUGGUUUUAAAACAAAUGUGGAACAACUUCAUGGAACUAGGAUAUCCUUUAUUACAGAAUUGGUGGUCACGACGCAAAAUGAAGAGAGGAGGGCAAUUAAUGGAGCAUAAAAUUUCUCUACCUCAGUGGGAAAAAGAUUGGAAUCUGCAGCCUAUGAAUCUCCAUGGUUUAAUGGAUGAAUACUUAGAAAUGGUUUUACAGUUUGGCUUUACCACCAUCUUCGUUGCUGCCUUCCCACUGGCACCUCUCCUGGCACUGCUUAACAACAUCAUAGAAAUAAGAUUAGAUGCGUACAAGUUUGUCACUCAGUGGCGAAGACCUAUGCCUGCAAGAGCAACAGAUAUAGGUAUCUGGUAUGGGAUUCUGGAAGGAAUCGGUGUUCUGGCUGUCAUCACCAAUGCCUUUGUUAUUGCCAUUACUUCCGAUUACAUUCCACGUUUUGUCUAUGCAUACAAAUACGGUCCCUGUACAGAUCAAGGAUACAGACAAGAAAAAUGCUUAAAAGGGUAUGUCAACAGCAGUUUAUCAGUAUUCGAUUUGAGUGAACUUGGGAUGGGAUACUCGGGAUACUGCCGGUAUAGAGAUUACAGAGCCCCACCAUGGAGUUCAACUCCGUAUGAAUUCACUUUGCAGUUCUGGCAUGUCCUGGCAGCGCGGCUGGCCUUCAUCAUAGUAUUCGAGCACCUUGUUUUUGGAAUAAAGUCUUUCAUUGCCUACCUGAUUCCAGACAUGCCCAAAGACUUGUGUGACAGAAUGAGGAGAGAGAAAUACUUAGUCCAGGAAAUGAUGUAUGAGGCUGAACUGGAGCAUUUGCAGAGAGAAAGGAAAAAGAACGGGAAACAGUAUCACCAUGAAUGGCCUUAGUCACUACCAUGCUGCAACAAAAACACUGUUUGGAAACUGAAGAGUGCAGUUACAAAAUGAAGUCAGAGUCUGGCAUGAGUAUGUGAGAUUUGUGGUGUAUAUAUGUUCUUGCUGGGCAGUACAGUUGCAGGCUUUGGUGGGAACUGGAAGAUAGAUGCUUCUGAUGAAGAAAACGAAGAGCCUUACCUGGUACUGGUCUGUGGUGAGCACCAAGGAGAAUUGGCACUCAGGAAUGUGCAGACAGAUUAAAAAUUUGGACAUUCUGGUUUAAAAAAGGCAAUGAAUUUUCAUGCUGUUCAUGAAGAUACUAACAGCGCAAUGAAAAUAAAAAAUUACCUGUGAACUUAUACAGUAAGGGCAUGAGUAAAACCAACUUACAUGAUAUCCACUACUUCUACAGCUUCUGAUUGCUCGGCUCCAUCUGUAAUGCCUCUGAAGAAAAGAGCAAUUGUUGCCUUUGUGGCCAUAACUUGAUGUAAAUGAUCUUUCAGGCUUACUGUUUUGUCAGGUUUUUCCUAGUCUCUUGUUGAGAUUGUGGAUGUGGUCCUACCCUAAAAAAGGGGUCUAUGGCUGCUUAAUAUAUACUAUGCAGUUUAAGAUUUGCACAUCAGUGUCAUUAAUUUAUCCUUCUAGUUGAAAACCAAAAAUUCUAAAUUCAAAGAGAAAACAGCAGCACUAAGAGAACGUAUCGCAUUGCCCACAUUGCAGCUGUAUUUGAAAAUGACAUGGCUGUUGAGUUGUCUUUCCGCUUUCGUGUGCAGAAAGGCCACCUCCGCACGCUUCCAGGAUGAAAGAACUGUCAUUUUCAUGCUCUGAUGUAGCAUGCAGAUGUCUGUGUUACAGUUCCUUUUGACCUGUCUGGGCAAUGAUUCCAUGACUUCACAAAAUGCUAACUUGAAAUAUUCUUACACAGUGCGAAUGACUUUGUCCUGAAUAUACAAUUAACUCUUUAUAGUAUGCAAGCUUAUGCAGAUAUAUAUCAGACAUACAGUAUAACAUUGUGACUUGCUUGUUCAGGGAAGGAGAAGCAGAGCACUUUAUAACAAUGCUCUUCUUAUUGUAAUAGUAAAUGUUCCAGUAAUGUGCACUUCUUUUAUUGGCCUAAAUAAGUCAAAGCAUGGGAAUUAGAUACAGGCAGAUAUGUAUACAGAUUGUAUAUAAAUGCACACAUACAGUGGUUACUUUUAGAUUUUUUUAUUAUUAUUUGUAUGCCUUCUUACAGUUUUGGGGGGCUUUUUGGAUAAAAGCACUAUAAAAGGUAGAUGUUCAAGUAAAGCAUCAAAUUUCAGUUCUUAUGUGCAUACAGCAUAUGUCAGUGUUGCUUAGGGUUAUAGUCACGUUUUGGUGAUGAAAUUGUCUAUUACUAACAUUUCUUAAUGUGGGAAAAGAUAAGCACUUAAUUUAAACAAUUGUGCAGGGUACAGUUGCAGAGAAGGGAGUGGAGAAACAGUUACAAUCAUUCUGUUUCUCUUGUACAAUUUUAAAUAAUGCUCCUCUGUAUUGGAUGAGAAGAAUUUAAAAACCGAAGAGUCAACAAAGCACAGUAAUUCUAAAGGCUGCAAAUUUUAACAUUAUUUUUAGGGAUAAAGCUGCAGCAAAAUCACUGCUGACAAAUAUGAAAAGACCGGAAUUUUUACUACUUACAGUACCCUAUUGAACCAAAAAGCGUGAUUCCAGUAUUCCCUUGCAUGUAUUAGCACAAUCAUUUUAGUUUACUGUGCCAUAUGAAAUUAAGAGUCAAGAGCCCAUGAAAGCGGAUGAGUAGGAUCUAAUGUAUCCAGGGGGCCUAGCAUCAGACCUUAAUUCUGUAGUCAUUUCACCAUAUUCAUGAGAUUUCUUGGUUAAUUACAGCUCUCUGUGACCAGACAAGGCAACUAUAGGAGUAUCUACAGUAUCACACAAAGAAGGAAAGAAAUUGGAAGGUAUGGUCUAAUCAGAUACGUUACCUGUUAGUUCUGUGAUAAAGGGCUGGUGGAACUCAGCCUCCCAUAUUUUGGAAAGGCUGUUUUGUUCCUUCAUAUUCUGGGUUGUGCGUUCAGUUCCUCAGGAGUCCUUAUCAGAAAAAAUUAAUGCACUCUCCUCAGUGCUUCUAGAAUCACAACGUUUGAUUUAAUUUAUUGUCUCUCCUUCUGUGGAUUAUCAAGCACUGUUUAACAGCAUUAUCUGUGUGUCACAGCUUCUGUUUCUGUGCCACAUAGUGAUAGUACUUCAGUUCUUCAGAAGGUCACAGAUGAGCUCUCUCUUUAAUGUUUUCUCUAAAAACAAAAUGCCUUGGCUGGCCCAAGGUAUAAAGAUACAGGAUAAAAUUAGGCAAAAAUCAGAAAUAUUGAUUGAUUGUUUUAUGCUUUCCUGUUUCUGCUGUGGAUAUUAGCACAUGUCAAUACAUACUUAGGCAAAUUCCAAUUGGACUUCAGAAACACAUAUGAAAGAAAACCUUUUUGUAUUUGAGAUUUAAAUAUAUAUAUUAUUAAAGAUUUUCAACACUGGUGUAUAGGAGUAUAUCAAGGGCAUGUAUGUAGAUCUGACAUUGUGCAUUUUACGCACUGGAAAAGCACAAGAAAUUUUGGAGAAACACUGUGUGUGUUCCUUUAUUUUUGGAGGACAUGAACAAUGUCUAAAGGUUUUUCCAUUAUCUACCCAUUUGCUUAAGCUGAGAAAACUUUUUGCUAGACUUCGUUUAGUAUGCUGUUUGCAUUUGACUGCACGUUAUUUUACUGAAGUAUAAGGCACACACUGUCCUCAGGAAUAAUGUAUUUUAUGAAUGGUGAAUGAUCUUUUCAUAUUCUAAAUAUUGUCUUUCCAAACAAAUGACCAGUAUGAAUAGACUGUGCAUGCAAGCUGCGUUUGUGAAAUCUGACAAAGCUUUAGAACUUCAAUUUGUGCAAAAAUGCUUUAGAUCAUUGCUGAUCUAAUCUCUGACAACUUUGCUCUAUGCAUGCGCCCUUAGAGAGACUGCAUGAGCAACUAGAUAUUUUUAAAUACAAAGGAUUAGUCCAAAAUGUCUUAAUUAUUCCUAACCAAAUUCCGUGUCUUGAUUCAGAUAAAAGAAAUUUCCAUUUCAGAAACAGCAAAAAGUGCACAUACAUUAUACACAUCUCAUUUCUAAUGAAUUUUCAUUCUAAAUUUGUGCCUAAUGUGUGAGAUCUGAAUUCUGGUGAAUAAAAAAGGAAAAAAAGAGUUCUGCUUCAUUAGCGAUCCUAACGAGAGGUUCCUUCUUAGAGCUCAAAGUCUGUCUCCAUGUAGAGGGGUGCAUUAAGAGCUCAGCAUUCACAACUGAGAGCUAACAGGGUUGCCUGAAGAUUGAGCACAGGCUCUCUGUUAGGCUGGAAUUCCCUUCCCUUACCAGAAAGACAGCACAGUGAUUGAGCAUCCUGAUACAGAGUACCAAUAUUUGGAAACAAGGCAAACCACACGGUGGCUAAAUUUUGUUUUUUCUUUCCUACCCCUUUUUGUUAAAGGAUUUAUAGAGGAAACGUAGAUGAACAUUGAAGUUAAUAUUGAUGAUGACAAGGCUAAAAUUUCCAUAGUGAUGAUGGACAAUAAGUGUGGGGGGGUUUAGAUGUUUCUUUAGAAGUACAUAUCUCCAUUACUACAAAACACUCAUUAGCUGUUGCUAUGCCCUUUUCCGACAGCAGUUGGUCUUAAAUUGUGUUCUGAGGAUCAGAGUUGGGCUCAAUUGUGUCCUGUUGAAAGCUCAGAAGAAAAAUAUCUGGAGGGCCUAGUGAAAAUAGCUUAAUAGGUCCAUACUUUAAUGCAUAAAUUCAUAGAUCUCCUGAGGUUUCCUUCAUGAAAAAUUCUGCAGAAGGAAAAGUGUUUUGGGAAACACAGCUUUAGGGUGAGUGUUAAUAUGGGGAAAGGCAAGAACUUUGGUGAUAUUUUAUUCUUAAUGUGCCAUUCAGAUGAUCAGUCUAAUGUAAGUAGUGCACAUCUGCUGUUUCCUUGCCGCGGCUUCUUCCACUGCAGACUCCCAGCGGGAGUUGAUUAACUGAAUAUGAUCCUUGCCUGUAAAAUGAAAAGUAAACGGUUCUUGCAUAGUGAACUUACGAGUGUCACAAAUUUUCAUUAAAACUAUUAUAAACUAGAUUUUUUUACGUACACUGGGCAAUGGCCAUAUCAAUAAAAUCAUUUUAUACAAACAGCUAAAUAUCAAGGCAAUAAAUUUGAUGGAAAAUCAAUCACAUUUUCUAUUAAGUGUUACAUAGGAGAAAAGGGACAGAGAUAAAAAUAGCAGUAUCAACAAUCACUUACAAUGUGGUAGUACUUCCAGAAGCAUUAUAUUUUUCGUAAUCCUCAUAAACUACUGAUGUUGCUUAUUUGGGGGUAAAGGUUGAAACAAAUAACAGCCAGCCUUUCAUAAUAAUGUUUAUUUGGUGUUAAGGCUGACACUAGAAUCCAAUAAGAAUUACACAUUUAGACAGACUUGUUAUUUUGUUAGUUCCAAUGCAUACUUUGUCUGACUGAAAUGCGUGCAGUGACACUUUUUGAAAGUGUUAAGUGACUUGCAAACCUAAACUCCUGCGGUGGAAAGUUUAGCAGCUUUAAAAGAUCCUUAAGUCUUUUCAUACUCAACUUCAUGCUCACAAAGCCCAUGUUCUACUGGGGUACAAGCCAGCCCUUUGAGGCUGGGGAUGAGCAGAGGAAGCAAAGGGCUCCUCUUCAGCGGAUUUUGCUCCAGAACCUCGAUCGGUUCUGCAAAACAAGGGUGUGAAGCUGGAGCAUGGUGACAGCUCUCCUGAUCCUUUUCCUUUUCUCCUCUGGCUCAUUCUUUACUCACCCUCGGUGUUUUAUUAAAUGAUGCCUUCUCGCCGACAGUCCAAUUUCCAGGGCAAUUCUGGAACUGCAGAAUUUUUUGCAGGCUCUUUUUGGGUAUCCCUAACUGAGAAGCCAAAGCAAAAAGUGCACAAAUAGUAGUUUGUCUGGUGCUUUUUACGAGUUUGGAUGUGUUGGACGGAGCGUUGCGAGGAAGCACAGGGUGCACCUACAUGUGCCGUUAGGCCAUCCGUUUCUGGAUCUGUCCCUCCAGCCACUUUUCCAAGCACUACAUUUUGCACUCCUUAUGUCCCUCCCUACACACACGGAGGCAUCCUAAAUACCUUACACCAUCCUAGCAUUUUUAAAUUUAUAUAAUAAACUCAUGUUGACAAUUUUUUGUCUAGUAUUGAAAUUGCAACCACAUUUGCCAGAAAUUUGUAUUGGUAUGACUUUGGCGUAGCCAUGAUAGCACAAUGUAACCACAACAGCACAAAGUUCUAACAGUACAAGAAGGAACAGUAGAGAAUUUACUUUGCAAUUCCAUGUUCUGCAGGAACUUUUUUAAUCCAGGACUGUGAUUUAGUCUUGAAAUGUUAAUGGUGUAUUCCCUCCUCACUGCACUGGAAAUUACCUUGUGUUAGUUCUGUUGGCUUGUUCUAACUUUUUGCCAUAACCUCGAUAAUGUUAUAUGUUCUCUGUAGUUUGCAUUCUUAUUGCUGUAAACUAAUUGUUAGGAAGCUACUGGGUGAGAAAUUAGGAUUAAACCCAAUGCAGUCUAAAGCUAAUGAGAUUCUAAACACUGAGAACACGACAAUUUUUCUGUUAAUACUGAAAAUUCAGAUCAUCUUUUUAUUUUCUGUUCUAUUUAGAUGACUCGGAGUUUUGUAUUGAAAAAUCUUCCAAACUGUUGGCUCCAAUUUUUACCUAGAUUAGUAUCACUGAAAUUUCAGUUCUUUGAAAUAAUCUCAUGUGAAAUCUAACUGAAUAACACAGUUCAGUCAUUUUUUUACUCUGAUAGUCCUGGCUAACUUGCAAUAUCAUGAUCGUAAGAGAUUUCUUAAAGUGUGUAUAUAUUUGAAAUUUAUGUAAUAUUUAAAUACAACUUGGUUUCUAAGUAAGGAAUAAGGAUAAAAUUUCAGCUAUUUUUUCUAUUCAUAAAUCCACACUUUGUAAGUAAUAUUUAAAAUAAGAUUACAGUACCACAGAGCAUUUCAGAGAAAUUGACUUUUAUGCACUACAAGCUAGAAGUUCCUCUGGC